UUUGAUUUGAAAGUAUUUGUAAGGACUAUUGGCGAGGCUUUCUCGUAUGCUGUGGCCUGACGUUGAUAGUAAUUUCGAAGGAUGUCCAACUACCAGCAGUAAGACACUUUCAUGACAUUUAUCCAAGGAAGAUGAGCUAUAUCUGUGCGCUCUCUUACAGCGGUGGCUGUUAUGAUAUUCUGCAUUGAUGGACAAAAUACGUGACCUGCAAGACGCUAUCGAACAUGUGUUCUGUGAGUCCCGCGAAGUAGAGAUGCACGCUGCGGAUCAAGCGGAGACGUGUCGACAGCUCCCAGAGGCUAAUAGCUCGCUGAAGACGCUGCUGUAGCACCUGAAAAGGUACGCAAGCAACUUGAAGGUCAACUUGUGGGGUGCACAGAGGUCUUGAGGAAGGCGAGAGAAGAGGUGGAUAUGAUGAGGAUGUCGAAGCAGACGCAGAGGAUUGCGUUAUUGGAUGAGCUUAAUUCGACGCAGACGGAGAAUGGGAAUUUGAGGGUGCGGCUGAGGGCGAAGAAGUCAAUUACGACGCCAUCACUGAUACCAACCUUCCACCUCUUCACGGUCGAAACGGAGGUUCAUUUGGCAGUAUGCAUCUCCUCACUCUUGCAACAAAGGAUGGGAAUCGGCAUGAGCUCCAGAACGUCAUUCGUGGCCCCAUGGCCACGAGUUCGAUUGUCUUCUGAACAAAAGAUCGGGAAGCAACCCGACACGUGCUCAAGACGAGACAGUGCAUCACGGAAUUCCAGGAAGAGCCGUCGAACACGUGGUAUCUCCAGAUUAUGGGAUGCCACAAUGGCAGAGACUGGUGCACUGUAUGACUGCGAGCCACAACCCUAUCGAUAUAGCGAGUAUUGCUGACCUGAGUAGUGAGCCCUGUCAGGGUAAUUUCCUCGACAUUCAUUAGAAUUGACUCAGAUGGGUGCGAGUAUUCAAGGCUCGAGGGCCACAUGAGGCCAAGUCCCAAAUGCCUGAUACUAGUGGAGGGGCCGACAAUCCUAUUGAGGUCCCAGGGGCAUUUGUAUGUAUGCUGGCCUUUGAAACGCAGAGUGUGAACUGGGCGACCAAAUAUGAGGGCGAUUAAAAGAAAAGGCUCAGCAGAGACUUCCGUUAGAUGUGGCAGAAAUGUGGUAGGAAAUACCGGCACCCCCUCCAAG